AUGGUUGAGAAGGGGAUUGAAAUUUUUAUGGAUGAUUUUUCGGUUUAUGGACCCUCUUUUGACACGUGUUUGACUAAUUUGGAGCUAGUUUUGAGGAGGUGUGAAGAGUCGCAUUUGGUGCUUAAUUGGGAAAAGUGCCACUUUAUGGUAAAUGAAGGAAUUGUAUUGGGGCACAAGAUUUCUAAGAAAGGCAUUGAAGUGGAUAGGGCUAAGAUUUCUACGAUAGAGAAUUUGCCACCGCCGGUUUCAGUAAAAGGAGUACAGAGCUUCUUAGGUCAUGAGGGAUUUUAUAGGAGGUUUAUCAAAGAUUUCUCCAAGGUUUCAAAGCCACUCUCCACUUUGUUAAUGAAUGGGGUUACGUUCGAUUUUGAUGAGAAAUGUCAACAAGCUUUUAGGAUACUUAAGGCGAAAUUGAUUUCGGCACCUAUAGUUGUUGCACCUCAAUGGGAUUUUCCAUUUGAAUUGAUGUGUGACGCUAAUAAGAAAGGUAGUGAGAAUUUGGUGGCUGAUCACUUGUCUAGAUUGGAGGUUGAUGAAGAUUCUCUUGACAAAGGAAUUCAGAUUAAUGAUGCUUUUCCUGAUGAACAGUUGUUUGAAGUGAGUGUUUGUAAAGAUGUUCCAUGGUUUGCAAACUAUGUUAAUUAUUUGGCUGCAAAGGUUAUACCUCCUGAGAUGACAAGGACACAACUAAAGAAAUUUUAUUCAGAGGUAAAGCAUUAUUAUUGGGAGGAGCCUAUUCUGUAUAAACAUUGCCCUGAUCAAGUUAUUAGGAGAUGUGUGCCCGAAGAGGAGAUGUUGUCAAUCUUGACUCACUGUCAUAGUUUGCAUUGCGACGGUCAUUUUGGAGGAGCAAGAACAGCAGCAAAAGUUUUGCAAAGUGGGUUUUACUGGCCUGCAUUAUUUAAAGAUGCUAAUGAUUUUGUCAAAAGUUGUGAUCAUUGUCAACAGACUGGGAAUAUAUCAAGAAGAGAUCAAAUGCCAAUGACUGGUAUUUUGGAAGUUGAGUUAUUUGACUGGUUCACUACUCUUUGUGCUCGCUAUGGUGUUCAUCAUCGAAAGGCGUUUUUUUAUCAUCCAAUUGCAAAUGGCCAAGCUGAAGUGUCGAAUAGGGAAAUAAAAGGUAUUUUAGAAAAGACAGUAAAUACGUCAAGGAAGGAUUGGUCGAAGAAGCUUGAUGAUUCACUCUGGGCUUAUUGCACUACAUUCAAAACUCGGAUUGGUAUGUCACCAUAUCGAUUGGUGUUCGGUAAGGCAUGCCAUUUACCGGUGGAACUGGAGCAUAGAGCUUAUUGGGCUAUGAAAAAGUUAAAUCUUGAUCUCUUUAUAGCGGGGCAAAAUAGACUUAUGGAGUUAAAUGAGCUUGAAGAAUUUUGA